UAUCAGCCUAAUUCUGCUGCUCUCGGCUUUUCUUAGUUGCCUGUAAUUCUUUGUGUAGGAAUAGGGUCCCGUGGAUUCCCCCUUCCUCGUUUGCAUGCUAAAAGACAUUUUUCUUCCAACCUUUAGUUAGCCUCAGCUGUAUGAACCCCAGCAUUCUCUGGGAAGGCUCUUAAAAUAUCUGCCGUCAGCAGCCUCUCAAAGAGGAAUGUUAAUUGUUACCAUGAUGUCAAAGAGGCCCCAGCAGAAGGGCCUGGGCCAAACUCAGCCUGUCAGUCUCUGGCAGUGGCUGAGUGGAAGAGAGGCAAGGCAGAAGCACAGAGAACCUGGCCCUCUCAGUUCCCCCAAAAGGCCCCAGAAGCAGGGCAGGCUGGCACUGUGUGGCAAGGGUCUUACCAUCUGAGGACAAUGGCCUUCCAGAUCUCACCAACUAAGUGAGAAGCAGGCCGGUGGUGUGUGUCCUUGUCUUUGCCCUUACCAAACCGGAAUUGGGAUGUCAGGCGUUUCAGAGGAGGAUCCUGAGGGUCUGGACUCCCUGGGCCUGCCAGCGUCGGGCAGAGCCUGCUUAGCCACCAUGGACAAAAAACUUAACGUGCUGAGUGAGAAGGUAGACAGACUCUUGCAUUUCCAAGAAGACGUCACAGAAAAGCUGCAGUGUGUGUGCCGAGGCGUGGGCCACCUGGAACAAGGUCUGCAGAGGCUGGAGGCCUCCCGGGAGUUGGGCCUGGCAGGGCCUGGCAGCACUCCCCCAGCCACCGCGCAGGCCUCGUGGCCUGAGGUCCUGGAGAUGCUGAGGGCUGUGCGGCAGGAGGGUGCCCAGCACGGUGCCAGGCUCGAAGCCCUCUUCAAGAUGGUGGUGGCUGUGGACAGGGCUAUUGCUCUGGUAGGGACGGCAUUCCAGAACUCAAAGGUGGAUGAUUUCGUCAUGCAAGGGAAGGUGCCCUGGAGAAAAGGCAGCCUGGCUGAUGGCCCUGAGGAGGAGCAAGCAGAAGUUGCAGGAGUAAAGCCAAAGCAUGUGCUGAAUACCAGGAGUGUGCAAGCCGACCCCUCCAGGAGGCCGUGGGAAGAGAGCCAGAAGGAAGACAUACCAGCGGGGACAGGAGAGAGGCUGCCUCUCCUCAUCAAUACUUCCUCUAAGGGAGCUGACUUUACUCAGGCAGGAGCCUCACUGAGACAGGGAGUUGAAGUUCUUGGCCCAGGCCAAGUACCCCCACCCACAGAAGCAGAAUCCAGGGUUCUGGAAACAUCCAGUGAGAACACUGGCACUACCCUGGAACUGUCUGUAGCGAUCGACAGAAUCAGCGAGGUCCUCACCAGCCUCAAGAUGUCACAAAGUGUGGGUCAAGGAACCUCGUCCAGCAAGCCUGACUGCUGCCCCUCAGAAGAGGCUGUGUGGCUGAGUUCAGGGCCUAGCCCUCAGCCCUUAGGGCCACUGACUCCAGCCAGUGAAGUUCACAAUGUUGAAGUACGUCGCAGGGUCUCUCUCCAUGUGCAAGGGAUGGCUACUCCUGAGGAGCUUUUUGAGACACAGAAGGGCAGUCCCACUGCCUCUGCAGAAGCUCCAGCACUUGUUGACCAUGAUGAGCAGGACCCACAUCCCAAAGGCCCUGGAACUGAAUUGGAAGACCAGAUCCCUAAAGGAACUCAGCCAUUUCUACCCCUGCCAAAGAGGAGCAGCAACAAUGGGGGAGUGAGUGCGGAGGAGACAGGGCCCGAGGCUGAGCCUAUCACAAGACCAAGCUUAGCCACAAAGGACUGGGGAGAUGAGACUGUGGGGACUACAGACAUGGACCCAGGAAGAGGAAACCCUGAGCCUGGGAAGAACCAGGCAGCCAAGGACUCAGAGAGCACUGAGGCCAGAAGGAGGGUGUCUGCUGCUGCAGAGGCUGCCAUCACGGUUCUAGAUGACAGUGCAGCACCCCCAGCCCCUUUUGAACAUCGGAUAGUCAGUGUCAAGGAUACUCUGAUCUCAGCAGGCUACACAGUGUCCCAACAUGAAGUCUUGGGAGGGGGCCGGUUUGGCCAGGUGCACAGGUGUACAGAGAGGUCUACUGGCCUUGCCCUGGCAGCCAAGAUCAUCAAAGUGAAGAGCAUAAAAGACCGGGAGGAUGUGAAGAAUGAGAUCAAUAUCAUGAACCAGCUCAGCCAUGUAAACCUGAUCCAACUUUAUGAUGCUUUUGAGAGCAAAAACAGCUUCACCCUGAUCAUGGAGUAUGUGGAUGGAGGUGAGCUCUUUGACCGGAUCACAGAUGAGAAGUACCACCUGACUGAACUGGAUGUGGUCUUGUUCACAAGGCAGAUCUGUGAGGGUGUGCAUUACCUGCACCAGCACUACAUCCUGCACCUGGACCUCAAGCCCGAGAACAUUCUGUGUGUCAGCCAGACAGGACAUCAAAUUAAGAUCAUUGACUUUGGGCUGGCUAGAAGAUACAAACCUCGGGAGAAGCUAAAGGUGAACUUUGGUACUCCAGAGUUCCUGGCCCCAGAAGUUGUUAACUAUGAAUUUGUCUCAUUCCCAACAGACAUGUGGAGUGUGGGAGUUAUCACCUACAUGCUGCUCAGCGGUCUGUCCCCAUUUCUGGGAGAAACAGAUGCAGAGACCAUGAAUUUUAUUGUGAACUGCAGCUGGGAUUUCGAUGCCGAUACCUUCAAAGGGCUGUCAGAGGAAGCCAAGGACUUUGUUUCCCGGUUGCUCAUCAAAGAGAAGAGCUGCAGGAUGAGUGCCACACAGUGCCUGAAACACGAGUGGUUAAGUCACCUCCCUGCCAAAGCCUCAGGCUCCAGCAUUCGUCUCAGGUCCCAACUGUUGCUGCAGAAAUAUAUGGCCCAGAGCAAAUGGAAGAAACAUUUCCACGUGGUGACUGCAGUCAACAGGUUAAAGAAAUUUCCAACCUGUCCCUAAUCUUUGGCUCUGCUGCUCCCCUGGGCCCAGGAAUUCUAGAGGCAACAUGAAGUGGUACUAUGAAGAGAAUAUUUGAGAUUUUUCAUAGUCUGGCACUUUGCUAUUAUUGAUUCUUCUUAUUUUGCAAAGAAUGAUGGAAAGAAGAAAGAGAAAGAAAAGAAGAAAAAAAGAGAAGAAAAGGAAAAGGAAGAAAGCAAGGAAAGAAAAAAGUUUGUUGUUUUUUUUCCUUGUAAAUUAAAAGUGGUUUUUGUUUUCUUAAGCCCUAAGAAUGUUUUGCUGUAAUAUUACCAGGCCUGAAAUGCUGCUUCCUCCCCAGUACCCUUACUUCUGGUAAUAACAGUAAGCAUGCUCAAAACAGACAGGAAAAUCCGCCUUGGCUUUUGGUCAAAUAUGAAUUCUAAACUUGUCAUGAUUUAAAAAACUCCUCAGGGAGAGAGGUGUGGACCUUGGGGCAGUUAGUUGCAGGAGUGGAGAAUGAAUAUGAUCAAAUCAUAUUGUAUAAAAUCCUUAAAGAAUUAAUAAAAUAUAUUUUCGAAAAGGAGUCAGUAGAUCUGGGCUGCUUGCAACUGUGGUCAGAGAAGCUUCUUUUUGCAGUGGGUAGUUAGAUCAAGGACUCAGAAUGGGUCAAAGCACAGAGUGUAACCGUGAGCCCUUGGCUGUGGACGAGUCACCGUAUCAACCCCCACCAUCCAAGGCUCAGGGAGCCUCACAGGAGAGGAGGCCGAAAGAACGUCAGAGUUGGUAGAUGAGGAUGGCUGCCGUGAAAUACUGUCUUCUAGACCUGACACGACCUUUGCAGGCAUCCAACUCAGAGAACCCAUACAGGAGCAAGUCUGUCGAACUGCAGCAUGGCUGGGAGGCAGCUCCUGAGGCCACCCCUGGUGGUGGAGGUCCUGGGAGCUGAUGGCUAAUGAGGCUGGGAGAGCUCUCCUUCAGCCUGUGGGAGCAGUCCUUUGUGCUCAGUGGAUGCUCCGUACCCAUGUGCGUGUGGGCAGCACUGAUUAGACUUGGGAGUUAAUAAGAGCAGAAAAUAAAUAAAAAGAGGACAGGAGUCAGGAGGGAGAUGGGAUGGGCGUUAGGGACAGUUGGAAGCAGGUAGACAGGUAUGAUCGAUAUGCUUUAUACUCAUACAUGGAGUGUCCAGAGAAUAAAAAAUAUCAUUUAAAAAGAGCUCAGUAGAUUAUUUUUCAAGGAAAGGCAUGGUUCCUUGCAGCAUUGUUUCUUCCAGUGCAAAGACCUCCAGUGUCAAGAAUUCCUAGAUUAUGACUGACUUAGGGGCUCUGCUCUCAGAAUAUGUGAGCAGACCAACCCUCAAUUAUGUCUUAACUUCUCUUUUAAGAAUCAACUUUGGCCAGGCAGCAGUGGUGCACACCUUUCAUCCCAGGCAGAGGCAGGUGGCUUUCCGUGAGUUCGAGGCCAGACUGGUCUAAAGAGUGAGUUCCAGGAAAGCCAAGGCUACACAGAGAAACUUUUACUUGGAAAAAAAAAACAAAAACAAACAAACAAACAAAGAACAAUUAAAAAAAUCAUUCAGGUAUAGUGGCUACAUCUACAAUCCUAAGCACUCAAAAUUCUGAAGCAGAAGGAUUACAACUUUGAGGCCAGAAAAAAAAAAAAGGAAAAAGAAAAA